GUGUAAACCUCAUUCUGUCUGAUUCAGUCACGCGAGAAGCACGUUUUAGAAACUAGCUCACCGUUCGUAUCCACAGAACUUUAACACUGAAAGCAUGGACAAGCAAGGAAGCUACAGCCUGAGCAAAGACCGCAACAUGAGACGAGGUAACCCCUCUAACUUGUGGGCGUUGCGUAAAAACCUCAGGGAUGACAUCCUUGCUCGGUACAGAGGAAUCACAAAGAUGAUUGUUGUGGAGAAAAGAAUCACUGAAAUGACUGCUGAGGAGGACGGCCAACAAGUUGAAAUGGCCGUCGCUGCACGUCAGCUACAUAUGGCUGAGACAUCCUACCAGUUCAGUAGGAUAGCGUUCUCCAAAAUCCGAUACAGAAACCCAGCUUCCAUCCCCAGCAAAGACUCGGCUGGUCUGUGGGCUUUGCGUAAAAAACGCAGGUAUGAGCUACUUGCACGCUUCAGGAAAAUUGACAAGUCGGCGAUGGAAGACAAAGCCACGGACUGCACUGAAGCUAUACCAGUGAUAAAAAUAAACCCGGUGAGGAGGAAGUCUCAGCAAAAUCAAGGCUGGACCCCUCACAGGUUCCCUUCUGGCUGGAGGAAAACAGAAGAGCCGCACUGGUUCAGAAAUCAUAAUUACAUGGCAAGAAACAGGUCACAAAUGGCUCCCUCAAAGCAACAAGACUUAAAGAGCUAUAACUAUGGAGGCAACAGCAUGAACAGGUCCAACAGCCGAUUCGACGGUUGGCGUCAAAGAAACUGGGGAUCCAGAAAUGGAAAUUAUUUCCCUCAGGCACAAACCCAGAGAACCUAUCCUGGAUGCUAUAGGCUUGGUGCUGUGCCGUGGACAAAAUACGGUAGAUCCAACUUCAGACAGCAAACUGCAAACUGUUCUCGAUACACUCCUGGUAAGGCGUUUACAACCAGCUCCAGUAACAGCUGCAACCACUACCAAGGACCGCUGUGGAACCAAAGAUCGUGUCCACCGCCGUGUCACAGAGGACAUUUUGUCUCAUGGAACCAGACAAGGUUCAGAGGAAAUGUGAUGCAGUCAAGAGGCCGAGGUUGGACCAACAGAAACGGGUUCAACAACUUCCAGGGUCCCCAAAUGUUCAGAGGACAAAGAGCGAACUGGCAUGGCCAAAAUGUUAGGAGGUCAGAAGUUUCCAGAAAUCUUUCAGCUCUGUCUUACAAUUCUUACAACAUAAACGGCAUCAACAGAUUCUCUGGCUUCCAGCUGUUCAGAGCACACAACGCAAACUGGAAAAACCAAAACCGUGGAGGCUUUUACUGAGAUACAAGAAAGAUACAAAAUUGUACAAAAACAAUAAAAAACAGGUAAAAAUAAUAAAAAAAAGGUCUCAAAUCUCGAAUUGUUCAAUUUUCUAUUAAAUCUUUCAUCUCCAUUCUUUUCCUGUAUUUGAAAAAAGAAUAAAAAUAGAUAAAAACUGAACUAAAAAAGCUUAAAAUAAAAAGGGAGCACUGUUGCUUAAUUGUUCAGUUUUCUUGGUUUUCUGGUUUCCUUUCCUUAUUUGAAAAAAUUUUAAAAAAGAAUAAAAAGAUAAAAUAUUGAACUAAAACCAGAAAAACUUCAUAAGGAAAUAGUAUUUCAAAUGCCUCAUUAUUCAAUUUCUUUAAAGUUAUUUUUCCUUUUCUUUUUGCAAAAAACAGCAACCCCAAAAAACAAUAAAAUAGAUUAAAAAAACUGAACUAAAACAAAUAAAAGGUCUAAAUGCAAAAGGAGCUCAUGUCACAUUGUUCAGUUUUCUUUAAAACAUUUUUCUUUUUUUACCUUUAAUUGAAAAAACUUAAAAGAAUAAAAAUAAAGAUAAACUGAAAUAAAAUAAAGAAGGUCAA